GUCCAUCGGAAUACCGGAAGUAUCUUGCGAGCUGUGAUGAGUCAGUAUUUGAAAACACCUUGGAGUCUUCAGAGCAGCUCCCGACAUGACAAUGAUGAGAAUUUCAUACCAUUUGUAACGAGUUCCAGGACUGUGAGCAGAUAUGAGGGAGAAGCUGAAAGAAGACCGCAGUGCUCAGCUGCUGCCAGGAACUGGGCAGAUUCGAUGAAUCCAGAAGAUUCACUGGAGCACACAGUCCCUCACUGGAUGGAGGUCUAUGAGGAGACUCCCCUGCGAUUGCUCAGUAGUCAUGUUGCUCAAAGGCCGAGGGACCAACAUGAUCUCGACCAUCACAUGCCGUCCCUGAGGGAGCUGCCAUCCCCGAAGGAGCUGUACGGGAGGAGGAAAGGGAAGAGGAGGCUGCCCAGUGAGAGACAGGCGUUGUCAGUUCUCUAUCACCUGGAGGAGCUCAAGAGGAGGCAGGCCGGGAUCGAUCAAUUGAAAGCUCUGAGAUGGAGUGCUGAGAGAUCACAGUGUCAGACACAGGACGGUGAGCAGCUGGAGGGUGUCAGGCCAGAGGACCAGCUGACAGUUGGGACCAGUAUUGGAGACUGUCUGACCAACACUGACCUGGAGGACAGAGAGCUGUUUUUCCAGCCCCAGUGGAAGUUUGGAGUUCCAGACCACCGCCUCAUUCUAAAGGAUACGCCAAAUCUGGCUUUUUACAGAACAGAGGCUCAGGAGAAUUCACAGCCUUUCAGUUUCCUGACAGAGAUGGCACAGGAGGACAGAACUUUCUGGAAUGUGAAGCACUGUGCUGAGGAAUGAUUGCAGAAUGGGUCAGGCGAGAGCAUGCAGUGAGAUGGUUAUCCACCUCCUUGUUAAUGUUAUUUCUAUUUAUUACAGCGAGUCUCGGAGGCAGAACGAGGCUUGAUGGGUUCGUGCAUU